CAACUGAUAAACUGAUAGCAGAAAGCAGAGUCAUGUUCAUGUUGCUCAAGAAACGUGGGACUGGGACUGACUGGGACGUGCGAUGCGAGGCCCGCAUGCCGCAUCCUGUCCGUAUGUACAUACGUGACCUGAACCUGAUUAUCCUGUCAGAGAUAUCGUCAAUUUGACAGUCCUUAAUACAUUAGGUAUCCAAGAACCUGAUCACCGCAGACACUGUUCUCCUGUUUUCACUGAGUUUAGAAUAUUUCACUAGAAGUCAUUCAGCGUACAGAUUGAUCUCCCAAGUAGUCAAUUCUAAUCUUGUCCUUCUUAAAACGGACACUGUUCUCACGAUUGACAAGGCUUAGCUGGAUUCUUAUAUUUCAAUCUGCACAACUAAGUUCAUCAUGGCUGCAUCUAAUGCUGUCUCCAGGGGUGGAGACUCGAAACCAGUCAUUGUUUUACUAUCCUUGAAGCAGCAUUCAUUCUGGGAUGAGAUGUAUGCUGAGCUAAUUCCGAAGUUAAACGCUCGAGCGACAGUUGUAACCCUGAAGGAUACUGAAGAAACAAAAGAAUAUCUGACAAACCACACCAUCACUCCAUCCGCUAUCAUUGCAACAGAUGAGGCUGUAUGCACGAAGAAGCCAAAUUUAACAAAGAGACUCAAAAUAUAUGUUGAAAAUGGUGGCACACUAAUCUUGGCAACUCUUUUCCCAAGUUUUGUUCGACCCAAUAAUCUCAAGGAUUGGUUUGAAGAAAUGUGGAACUUGCCUUGGGAAACUGGUAACUACCACCGGGCAAACUUUUCGCCUAAUCCUAGUCGUUUGCCAAGUCGGCUGAUAGAUAGUAAACUGCCUGGAGUAUAUAGUAUGAAGGCACUUUUUUUGAAAAAUGUCCCUCCAGAAGCAAUGGUUUAUAAAGAAUCUCCCAAAGAUAAUGAAAGUCCUGUCGUGUUUGCCUCGAUUGGUAAAGGCUGGCUUGGGUACAUUGGCGACGUAAAUACUGAGCCUCAAUCUGGAGAAAUACUAAUGGCAAUGUGUGGAAUUUAGGCCGGUAGCGACUACUAACAUGUCUAAUUUACUUGAAUAAUCCGUCAAGUAUUGAUUAAUUUUGAACAUUCCUGAAACCAAUGUUACAAAUUUAUUUUAGAUAUUAUUGAGUACUCUUACUUUUCUGAAGUAAAACGACUAUAUAUCACUUCACUGCCUAGUUUAAUUGAUGAAAAUGACAUACUUUAGUGUUAACAUUACGGGUUUUUUUUGUAUUAUUUUUAUUUGAAUAAAUGGUAUUAAUAUUUUUAA